UACGGUGAGCCCAUGGUUAUUACUAUUGAUCGAUACCAUUUUCUGAGUUAUGUUCAGAAUCAUGGUCUAUAGAGAUUUGUUUGAAGACGCCUACUAUGCUGCAUGCAGCACGGUUCUAGGCAAAGCGACAAUUCUGGUGGUGAUGGCCUUUGCUUCUUCCUGUGGAUCUGGACCACCCGCGUCGCAUUCGCUCUGUACGACAAUGACCAUUCUUCAAUUCUCGCACUUGUUAGAAUAGUGUUGCCACAGAGAAGUACGGAAGACCACCACUAGUUGCAGGUAGUCAGCCUUCUUGAAGGUUCAUGUCCUGUGUAGAAUCCUUG